AUGGAGGUGUUCCAGGGCCGUUGGACACCGCAGGCGAUAAAUCCUCACCCCAACCCACCCCCUCCACACUGGGAGACUAAAGAUGAAGAGGUGCAAGACAUUACCAGCAGCUUGAAAUGUUUAACCGACUACAAGUACAAGAUCGAAUGCCAGUGGGUUGAAGACACAGCGGCAAAACGUUACAUCCCGAUGGAUCUGUAUUAUCAGAGGUCUUCAACAGUCAGCAACUGCAGUCAGCAGCUCUGCAACAGGAUGGGAACAUCCACGACGACCUCAAGCACCGAGAGUCACUGCAUCAUAAAGAAUACGUUUUUCGCUGUUGGAAUUGAAUAUACGUUUACUUUUAAACCAAAGAAUCCCAUAAGUCUCAAUAAAUCCUUCAGACUGAUGGAAAACAUCAAGCUACAAUCUCCGCACGGUCUGACUGUUAAUGUCACAGAGACAGGGGACUACUUACUGUCCUGGGAGACAAUUUACACAGGGAAUUCCUCUAACAUACGCUUGGGAACAUUACAGUAUGAAGUCAACUACAAGCGGACUUGGGAGUCCUGGGAGAAUUCAGUGAGCGAAACCAUCACAGGGGGCAGCCGUCAACUUGAAAUCAACAGCUCAGCUCUGAGGUCUGCCGAUACCUAUGUUGCUCGUGUACGAAUGAGGCCUCUGCAAUCCACCUACAGGCACCUCUGGAGUGCGUGGAGCUCGCAGGUCCAAUGGAACGUGAUGACAAGCGAGGUGGACUCCCAAACAGCUGAAGCCGAGGUGAUGCCUCAAAAUUUGCAGUGCACCUACAACGGGAUCCAGCAGAUUGAAUGCACUUGGGAAGUGAUGAGAGAGUCCAGUAAAUAUUUCUCCUUCAAGCUCCACUAUAAAAAGGCCAGCAGUUCAGAGACCCAGGAGUGCCAGACAUCCGUGAUAGUCCGCACAUACCCACACCUCACGGUUCAUCGCUGUAACAUACCUGUGCCUGACCAGGAGGACUUUGAGAAUUAUGAGGUGUUCCUGAAGCUCGUCAAUCCAUCAAUGAAAUAUAAACCUUAUAAAAACAUUAAACCAAUCGCCCCUUACAACUUGACCUCAAAGGAGUUGCCUGAUGGGAGAUUUCAACUGGAGUGGAACACCAUCGAGGCUCUGUACGGGUUGAAUUAUGAGAUCAACUACAAGAAGGCUGAUAAAUCUUGGGAGGAUACCAAGGUGAAGAUGAUUCCUCAGGACACCAGAACAUUCAUCCUGCCGAAAGAUUCCCUGGAGCCUUCCAGCCAGUACUUAGUCAGGGUGAGAGCAAAGGUGUACUGUGAGCCGACCGAAGUUGAAUGCUACCGUGGACCCUGGAGUGACUGGAGUUUGUCCGUACAGCUGAACACUGGUCCAGAUAAAGAGAUCCCCAUUAUUGUAGCGUGCAUCCUGAUGGUACUUUUCUUCAUCCUCUCACCGGCCACCAUCAUGCUCGUCAAAAGGAAGAAGAGGUUGUGGUUGGAAAGUAUUCCUGACCCAGCCAAGAGCAGGCUCUUCCACAAGGACACACAGACAGCCCCGUUGAGACCAUUAGCAGCCAUAGAGCCUGUGACUUUGGAAGAAGGCAACAUCUGCAAAGUGGUGACUGCAGGAUCAUCUGCUGCCUCUCCUCAGGUUACCCCAAGGGUAAAAGCCAAACUAACUCCCAGAAGGAGGAGGAACAGGACCACUCUACUCCCCCAGUGA